AUGGGUUUAUGGGGUCGACUCGUGGUUGUGUCCAUGAUUUUCCUGUUUGCAAGUGGGAUAUCCGUUGCUGAGCAAGUUGGUGGUGAUGAGGAUACGUCUAACGGUGCUAGACUUGUUCCAAUUGGAAGCGUAGCCGUGUCGUCAAACAUUGAUGUUAAUAGAACAGAUGGAGGUGGGACGGUAACCGUGUCGGAGUACGAAAAUACUAGCCUAUGGGACCGGCUCAAGAAGUGGUGGACGCAAAUAAUGGAUCAUGAAGAUAGCCUUCUUGCUGGUACAGGCCCACGUGACGGAGAUGGAGGAGAAGUGACGAUAACAGAUGAAAAAAAGGGGGGAAUGAUCACUAUAACGGUACAUGGUAACCCCAAACUUUUUGAAAGCGUCAUCGUGUUGACGAAACUAAUCGUGGAAUACGAAGCUGCACGCACUCGAGAGAAUGGCGAGUAA